GUAUGAACCUCCAAACUGUGCUAAGUACCUACGCAAGUUCCUCCAACUCUUGCAUGAUUCAUUUGUUAUGUUAUCGUCGAGUUUUCAUUGUCUGAGAACAGUAAUUGAUACAUCAUGCUGAUCAGAAGAUUACUUCCACGACUAACUGCGAUUAUACCCGUACGUACGACAAAUUCAUCUCCGCAUCGCAGAAUGCAAACAUGGUCAAUCGUGAAGCAGACAAAGUAUAUGUAUUGUAGCAGACCAGAGAGCCAAAUAGACACUAAAACAUGGUUAUGUUGGAAUUGCAAGGCUCUAAUUACAUCAGCAAUCGAAUUUUUCUGUCCAUCGUGUAAUAUUAUCCAACGUCCAUUAAAGAAGACCACUUAUUUUGAGAUCAUGGACAGGUGAGCAUAGUUAAGUGUUGGAAUAUAAAAUAACAGACACAACCUGGAGAGAAACAUACGCUAGCAGGGAAGGUGCGUACUUUAACGCGAGAGGGGUAAGCCUUAUGUGACGUUCUAGAAUAAAAUGAUGGUUAACAAUUCAGAACGAGGCCCUGUUGUGGACCAGUCAAUGUAAUGCCCCCUCCCCUCUCCCCCUCCCCUGUCCUCUCGGCCUCCCCCCUCCCGGCAGUGACAUAGCGGGGAAUUUGCAAAAAUUUGGCUUUUCUGCAGAUAUCAGGGACUUUCAUGAGAUUUACACACUACAGACUUGCCAACCUCCAAAAGGAUAAAAAAGUGAGAUUCUGAACCUACUGCGGGGAAAAGUUGUGAGAAAUGGGUAAAAAGCCGUGAGAUGUCACAAAUUUCCAAGCGGAAGGACUUGCAGUGGGGAUUAUAGGUAUUCAGUGGCGGAUCCAGGAAAGGGGCCCAGGGAGCCCUCCCCUCCCCUCCCUUAUUUUUAGACCAAACUGAGGCUUCAGGGCAGAAAAACGUAAUGAGCAUGCGUGAACUUUUUUGCCCAGAUCCCCUGGCUGGGUUUGAAAAAAUGGCGGGAUUUCAAAUAUUUUAUUGCCUAAAAAUAAAAUGCUUCCACUCAUAACCUGGAAAGAACAGGCAAUUUGUCUUCAAAAGUUCCAAGCUGUGGUUAUAACCUUGUCGUUACUUAAUUUUCUUGAAGAAUACCUCAUAGUAAAACGGACUUUAACAACAUUAAUUUCCUUGAGUUGUACUGAAAAUGUGCAUGCGUAGGUCCGAUUUUUUUCAAGAUGCAUUCACAAAAUGUGUUCAUAUAAGGAAGUUCCUGGAUAUAUAAGGUCCGGAGCUCCACUGUAGACACAAAAACAACAUAUCUUUGGACAGUCAUUUGCCCCAAAAAAUUAACGCUUGCCCACAAUGUGUUUGAAGUCACUGAACUUUGUCGCACUCGAGCUGAUAUUUUAAAACCCUCGCUCGAUCGGACACUCGUAGUUUCGCGGAUCACUAAAAUCUAAACAAAAUCCUCGAUGUAGAAGUUAUUGCGUUGAUAUGUGGGCAGAAAAAAGGUCAAUCUUUAUCAAGUAAAAUCUUCCUAAAAAUCGGUUUCAAAGCAACUAUAGUAUUGUACUUGCUCGUUUCACGCAGAUAUAUAAAUUUUGCUUUGUGUUGUCAAGUUCAUAAACACGCAUAACAUCUGUCAAAAACCUACGCGUAAGUAGGGUUUCCUUCAAACAAAGUUAAAGUUACAUUAUUUCAAAAACUUCUUGCUGACAAUGAAUAAAUGAAUUUUCUGUGCGAAAACAACGUACCUAAAGAUCUUAAAAGCAAAAGAUCAGUUGCAAUUUGGCAGCCAAGCCAUGAUUCACCAUUUAGCUAUUUUCAAUAAGGUUAACUGGUCCAUGCGAAGGUCUUCGUUUAAGCAUAUUAAACUCAGCCGAUCUUUAGAAAAUACAGAAAAUUGCACAUAAGGGUUUGUUUUGCUCGCCUUAGUCAAAUCAAGCUGCAGCAAUUGUUUACAGGAAAAGAGUCAAUUGUUUUGAAGUCACUGCCGGCAGUUGUUGUUCUCUAUUUUACCUCGAGUGAAAAGGACAAUUUGCGUACAGAAAGUUAUUCUUAUAAAGAACAGAAACUUUCACGGUGCACUGGAAAACAAAACUAUGUAAUGAAAAAUGAAAAAAACUCUGACUAUUAUUACUUGAGCAACAGAAAAAAAAUGACCUUGAGUAAGUUUGGUGGCCUUCUAUUUCCGCGAAAGUUUAAUAAAAGCACACAAGUUUGUUCACUCUGAUGUGUUAUAACAGCAAUAUGGUUCUUUGACUGAAGACAAAGAUAAAGCUGGUUCUGCAAAGGUAAUAAAUCUGGGCAUGUAAAAAAAGUAACCGUUACUACUAAUAACAGAAUACAAGCGGGUUUAAUUCAACCCGGCGAAAUCAACUGAUAAAUUAAUCGGAUGCACAAUCAGAAAAAUACUUGCCUCUUAAGAAAUGUUCAAAACCUUUUAUUCCACCUCAGACUGACGGAAUGAUCCGUUUUUCCUUUAACAUUGGUUGUUCUGAAUCCAAAGUAAUUUUCAAGCACCAAAAAAAAAGCAAACAUGUCAAAUAAAAAUGCUUCACAGGGAGCAAACGUUCUCACCUUGUGCAUUUCACUGAGAACUCCAGCAACAAACAAGCACAAUCAACACACAGAAAAAGGCUGCCUUGAGCCUGCGAUAAGGAAUGCGCAGAAGCUUGCGCAGAACGUUUUUCCGCCCUGAAAACUGAGGCCCAAAGGGCUGAAAAAUUGUUUUUUUGGAGACCACGCUCCCCCCUUUUCUAAGGGUCUGGAUGUAUGCCCCCCCCCCAUCUGCCCAAUCAUGAGACUUGGCAAGUCUGACACUAUCCAAGAUCAGUGGGGGAGCUUACUGAGGUUGGGGGGGGGGUUAACUGAGGUGGACUGGGUCAAGACCCUAUUAAAUGGAUGUACAGCUAGUGGGCAGAAUUUGAACGAUUCACUGUAGCCUGUGUUUAACAUGUUUUUUCAAAAGGAGCAGGGUCAUUCAUUUCAAUUAUAACCUUUUGCCUUUAGGUAACAUGCCUACACCCCUGGGACCAGUUAAACUUUUUCUUUGAAAAAAAAAAUUGCCUUCUGCAUAUCCCAGAAAUUCAAAAGCUUUAACUUAGCUUCAAGAACAAUAGCUGGCAUAGUACUUACUCUUAAUACUGCAGUAUCCCUUUCAUGCGAGAUCUCUAUUUAGUUAGUACCUAUUAUUAAGUCAAUCCUUCAACGGUCUGAGGAAAUAUUAUUAUGAUCUAUGCAAAGUACAAACUUGAAGAUGUUAUGCAGUGUUAGUUGUUUUUGGUGAUAGUCAAAUUUUGUGAUGCUGGACAUUAAUAGAUAAAUUCUUCCUUUUGACAUUUUCUAGCCCCAAGACAUUUGAUGUCGACACAGUUCAGUUGAAUGACAAGUAUAAAGAACUACAGUGGAAACUCCAUCCAGAUAAAUUUAGCGAUGUUUCUGAGGUAUAGUUUACAAGUAACUUUACAAGUAGCUUUACCAGAGAGAAUGAGAUUUUUUAAGUAUUGUAAGUCUUGGUCAAUGACUAAUGAUCUUAUCGCUUUUAUGGCCAUGAUUGAUUAUCAUGAUUUUUAUUACACAGUAAAAGAUUAAUUUGCUAAUUUGUCACUUUGACGUUGCCCUCAAUUUACCUUGUUUACACUCCAAAUGUUUGGACAAGAUAUCAGAUAUCACAGUCAUCCCAAGAUUGAUUGAAAACAGUGCGUAUGCAAAAUUUUAGGGGGCUAGAGGAGGUGCACUAGUACAGAAAGGGUGAAAGGGCAAAUGUUGAUCAUAGAUAUUGAUUAUUGAUCAUCAGUGAUGAGGAUGAUGAUGAUGAUGAUGAUGAUAAUGUUGAUAAGGGUGAUUGACUGGUGAGGAUGAUUGAUAAGAUUGAUGAUUGUUGUUGCUGAUGAUGAUGGUGAUGAUAAUUUGAUCAUGUUUUAUAACAAACUAAAUAAAAAACAAUAGACUGACAGUGCCUUUACAACAUGUGACAGGAGGAGAAAAAGAUUUCUGAGGAACAGUCAUCAAGAGUAAAUGAAGCUUAUGUAACUUUAUUAAAGCCGCUCAGCAGAGGAUUGUAUCUUGUAAGUCUUUCACUUUGGAAGAAGCAUCUCAUGUAUAAUAAAUUGUACAGGUCAAAUUUGAUUUCAGGUUUAAAUGUUUUAACUUAGGUUGAUCCUCAACUUCCUUUGUCUUUUACAGCUAGAAGACAAAGAUAACUGAGAAUCAAGCUACAAUCUUGGAUGAAAAAUUAAGAAUUUUGCACUUUCUCACCCACAGGACACCCACCCGAUCAAUUUGGUACCACUAUUAGCCCUCCCCCCACCCCACCCUAGUCCAUGUCAUUCAAUCUGGGGCAGAAAUGAUGUGGGAGGUAGGGGAGUUGUUUAUAAUAGCCUUGUGCUUUAAACAGCUUUAUCUUGAAAUUAGACAUGACAAUGUCCAUUUUUCUUAACAUUUUUGUCCAAGAUUGUAGAUUAAAUCAAAAUUAACUUGAAAUCAAAUUUGACCUGUUAUGGUCUAGUUUGAUCUGUAAAGCUGUUUUUUGAAGCAAAAUCAUUCGCCUACUCCUUUCUUUUGAUAAAGAAGUUUCUGUGAUGGCCAACAAAGUUAAUGACUGUACAAUGGUACGCAGGGUUUUUAUUAAGAAUUCUAGUAGCAGGAGGAAGGUGUAACAUUACAGGAGAAUAUUUUGAAAGAGGCUCCAAAUUUGAAUAAAAAUUGUCAUAGGCUACCAAACGUUAGCCAGAGAAUUCUGUGUAGUAAACAGAGAAUUCUCCGAUCUCCGAUGCCUAGUGAACACCCUGGGUACAUAUUUUAAUGUUAUUCCUUUACCACUUUGAAUUUUUAUUUUGUUUCCUCUAAUCUGCUGUAUUUUUUAUUUUUAUCUUAUUAGUCAGUUUUCACACAGCUUUCACUUCAGCCAACAUGUAACCAUUCCAUGACAGUUUCUCUAAAUGUUACCUGUGAAGCUGGGGUAAAAUAAAACUGCCUCUUUUCUUAUAGCUAAAUUUACAUGGUGAACAUGUCACUGAAAGUGAAGCAACAUCCACAGAUGGUGAAUUUUUGGCAGCAAUAAUGGAAAAGUAUGAACAAAUUUCAUCUUCAUCUGAGGAGAGAUUAGAGGAAAUCCAGAAGGAAAAUAAUGGUGGGUGUUAAGUGGAAUGAAAACUUUAUUUUCUUUUUCUCUUCAUUAAUUUACAAUAAGUAAAACCCCCAGGGGUAGUCUUAUAUUUUUGCCUAUAUAGGUAUUUUCGUUGAACUUCACUAUUUAGUGCCUUGAACAGGAUAUCUUUCUGGACCAUAAAAAAUAUUCUUUUAAAAGAGUGUGAUGGCACCAAAAAGACUUUUUCCAUGAUGCUACUUUGAAAAGGUAGUUAAUUCCGUAACACAAAAUGUAAUGAGUCAGGAUCAUAAAAUAAGGUCGCUUGUCUUAAACAGGGUAUUGGGGAGAAACAUUUCUGUCUCAAACAGGGUCAGAGCACACCUCUACACACUUCCCUUAGGUAACCCCCCCCCUCCCUGGUAAAACCACUAUUAGUAUUACCAGGAUCAUAAACUUAGUUUAACAACAUACAAGAAAAGUGUGCAUUGCAUGCAUUUACGUCAAUGGUGAGUGAGCAGUGGAUGACUGAUUCUAAUUUCCUGUGAAUUUCCAAAUUUUAGAACACCUGGAGAAGUGUAUUCAAGACAUCUCAGAUGCAUUUGCACAAGGUAAUGACCGAAGUUACAUUUACAUAUGGAGACCGUGUUAAACUUGAUUGUUAUAUACUGUUUAUUCAUUUUAUUGUGUCUGUUUUGCAGUCUUGAUAUUUUAUGUUGUUUUCCCAAAGAGUUUGUUUGAGAGUAACUUACGGAAUUAAUGCUAAGCUGUGUGGUCUAGAAUCCUUAGACGUUCUGUUUUUUUUUUUUUUAUUUUAUCUUGCAAAAUCAAUUGCCGAGUUAUGCUUUUAAGAGUCUCAUUUCUUCAUACAGAAAUGAUAAUUUCUUUAAUUACUGUAUAUCCUAGCAAGGACCAAGGACCACGAUCUCUCCAAGGCUUUUGUCCUUUUAAACAAUCUUAGGCUGGGUUGGAGGCUGGGUCACUAUUGGACCGAUAGAUGUGGCCAUUUAUUGAUAUAUUUAGACCAGCCCUUCUUAUUCAUCCAUUUAGCCUAAACAGACACCCACUCAUUCACAUCACAUUUUCUGGGAAUAUCCAACUUUUUUCAGGUGAUAUACAGACAGCUCGGCAGGAAGUGAUCAAGCUGAAUUAUUACAACAACGUGGCAGAAUAUAUCAGGAAUCAAGGAGAUUGGAGUUAACAGAACAGAAAAUUUGUGCUGUAGAUGAAGAGGAAUCAAAGAGGGGAGGGUCUAUUCCUGACCAAAACACUGCGACAACAAUAAUAUCUCCAGCCAGAAAGAAUAUCUCCUUAAUCCCUUUUCAGUGCAAAAAGAAUAGGAGAUAAUUUAAUGGAAUGUUCUUCUCCCGAAAAACUGCAAAAGCUCCAUCAGUACUGACUGACCAAACCAUGAUGAAACACUUGGAAAAACGGGUUGAUCAUCGCUGCUGUGUUUUCGCCAGCCAUGGAAGGAUAUUUCCUUAUAAAAAGGGGACAAUUAAGUGUUCUUUUCCCUUCCUAACCAUGGCAACAGAGGACAGUACAGAAUAUAACUUACGAAAGUAUACAUUUGACUUGUUGCUAUUUGAAGUUCAAAGACUGUGUAUAGCCAGUGGGUAGUACUCCUUGACUGCUACUUUUUUCUUUGGUAUGUGGCCCGAGAUCAGGGCUUCCGGUUGUUCAAUUUGUUUCUCGCUUUUUCUGUUUUGUAGCUGUUGUCACUCUGUUUGUCCUAUCUUCUUUUGGUUUUUGUUGUACUCUUAAGAGAUUCAUCCAGUGGAUAGUGUUGUUAGUCCACCUUUCAAACAACUGGGCCCAGGUCUAAUGGGUCUAAUUUGGCCCUGGCCAAAUGCAGUGGCACAUCCAGCCCCCCCCCCCCCUCAUUUUUAGAAAGAAAAGUUUUUGAGACCGCCCCCCAUCUCAGGGUCUGGAUUACCGGGCCUCACCCUUACCUGAAGGCCUGUAUCCGCCACUGAAAUUUUCAUGUGCUGCAUCAAACACGAGAUAGAUUGUCUCAUCAAAUAUAAAACACUGCAAAGACAGUUGAACACAGGACAGGUUACCCGGGUAUCUUUGCCAACUCUUAGGCGUUUGUUAUUGUAAUGAAAUACUUGUGGCGAGUGUUAGUUACAACUUCUCGAAAGAAUAGAUGCCGGUAAGGGCCCUUUGUAGAAUCAUUUAACAUCCGGCAAUAGGCAAGUUUAUCUUUUUAAUUGCCGCAUUGAAAAGUUCUCAAGAAUGAGGGAAACUACAAAGACCUUAAUAAAGUAGUUGUAAUAAAAGUUAACUACAGGUGUAAAUGUUUUAUCAUUUAAUUUAGAGGCAAUGUUUCUGUAAAAACUGGGCUCCCCGGCGUUGCGUUUGUCGUUGUUGUUGGUACAUAUUACUCAAUACUGUAAAGCAAGGUUUAUCUUUGAGACGUCAGUUUCAUGUUACACGGCUAAAGAGAAUACGAAUUCGUACGCAACAUUGCAAUGGCAAUUGCUCAGUUCAGAGACGUAGCAAGCUCUGCGCAUGUACGCACUAAGCAAAUGAAAAGAAAGAAAUAUCAAAGACGGGGAAAAGCAGUGGCUGAAAAACCAUUAUAAUUAUUGCAAGUUAUGUUACUUGAAAAGUCGUAUUUAACUGGGACAAAACCCUUUGCAGCUCAGUUGCGACUGGAUAACACGGGUGAUUUUUUUGGCUAACCACGGAAGGCAGCAGUGCGAAACCAAAGCCACCGCAGAAUAGCACGACGAGAUUCGUGCAGUGAAUCCCCACAGGGAUGUUGUUGGAAAUCCCGGAGGGAAUCCCAACAGAGCUAAGACGUUCCCUCCGGGAGGGUGCUCCUACUAAUAACCUAUACGGGGUGGCUCCACCCGAAAGGGGUACCUUUCUCAAGCUUUCAGGGUAUGUAUAAGGAUUUCACUAGUAUAUGUAAGGAAAGGGACUCUGUUAUUGCAGUCUGAGAAAGGACCUAAAGAAUCUAGCAGGUGCAUUUUAUGGCUGUGAAAAAAGGAUAAGAAAACUUCCUGAUUUAGUAAUUAAUUCAUAUUUAACAGACGGUGCAUUUACAGCCGUCUAGAGGGAUGCAGUGUUGUUAACUAGUAUCUGAGAGGGGCACCAUUUGUUAAUAAAAGGUAUACGAAAGGGGUACCUUUACUGUCGAAAAUGGUAUAUAAAAGGGUAACGGGUUGGACCUCGGCUCUAAGAAUUAAUUACCAUUCCAUCCAAUUGUUUGCAGCUUUACUGUACUAAUAAUCUAAAACAAAGUGGGUGGGGACUCACGUAUGAAAAUGACGGGUAUGCUCGUCGGAAAAUUAGAAUUCAACCCUAAAGGAGAGAAAUCUGGGAGUGGCUAAGGAUUUAUUUGACCCCAAAAGGAGACCACACUCCAACAAAGUAUGCCGGUAUUUGUAGUUUGAUUUACAGUGUAGGUAUUUCUUCAGCAGUGUCCCCUAUUAGAAGACCAGGCCGGUUAGAAGAUUUCGUGACAUCGUCAUCAAUUCAUCAUCAUCCUCAUCACCCUAAGCGAUACCGUUUAUAUGUAAAAAUAUUGGCUUACCUUCCUAAACAUCCAAAAUGAGACCAAAAUGUGCAAUUUCUACCCCCAGGCGAGACAAAUAACAUCCCAGUCGAUUUUCAUAUGGGAGUUUCCCCACCUUCGGGCCGGCCGUGCGUUUAACAUACCGUGUGUAAUUGACAGACGCACCACCCAGCUCGAGCUCAUUACAGUAUAACGGAAAAAGCGCGCGCAUUAAUUACUAAAACACUUAGUUUAUAGGAGAGCUCUGAAAUUUCCCUACAUCUCGUUGAAAACGUAAACAGCUCGAAACAGACCAACGAAGAUGUGAACGUCUGAGUCAAGGUCUUUCGCUUUCUUUCCUCUUUGCAAGAUCUUACCUUCCAAAACACCAUGAAACAUGAGAUAAUUGAUUGACUGAUUAUGACGUAAGGAAAAGAAUUCUCAAAGGAGCUAUGUCUAUUUUGUAGCUGGAAAUGUAUAUAUUCGAUAUUUGUUUCAUUUUUCGCAGGUUUACGCCUUAAAAUGUACCAUGGGUUGUGCUCCAAGUUAUCCUAUUGCAAGAAGCCCAGUAAUCUACGAGCCUAACGCAUAUUUCAAUAUAACAGGUUAGAACAAUCUAAUCUAAAAAAUUCCUCUUUGGAAGCAGCUGCAAAUCAUCGAGUUUACAAAGUAUUUGUAUGAUUAUGGCAUUUCUAAAUUCUAGACAGCAUACGCAAUGCCCGAAACUGUAGUGUUCAUAACUGAAGUCAUUCAAUUCAUUUUUAAAGCUAACUCCUUUUUUACGGUAAACAAAAAGUCAUUUCAUUUUACAGGAACAAGGAAAACACACGGUGAAUCAGAACUGAAGAACACAGAAUUUCAGAAAAUUCAGGAGCAAUAUUGGCAUAAGCUACUCGAAGAAAGGAGAAAGUCCGCGAAUAACAGAAGAAGGUUUCAAGGUAGCGUUUCAUUUCUUCCGUCAAAUUAUUCACUUCUGUACAUGCCAAACAUUUACCCAUGUAUCUUUUCAUAUGCCCGGGGUUUUAUUCAACCCAACAAAAGUGGCAACAAUACGUCCUUAACUAUAGAUAACUAUAACGUUUUGUUCCUUCUUUUUUUUUUGACAGAAAUGGGUGAAAAAGAUUUCCGAUCCUUAAUAGAAGAAUUUCCAGAUUUUAAUGAGAGUGAUAUAGUGGAUUUAAGAUUACAAUUCCAGACGUUUGACCUUAAUCAAGAUGGAAUAAUCGAUUUUCAAGAAUUGUAAGUAUAGAGAAGAAUAAAUUUGCUGUUGUGUCCUCAGUAACGAUUCAGUGCAGAUUUGGGUAAACUUGUUCUGCUCCGGCCUUUUCACUAAGGGGCUUGCAAAGACCACGCCCUAACAAUCCGCAUAUAGAUACUCAAGGUGUCCAAGGUGAACGGGGAAUACGGAACGGUAACACGGCCGAUGGGGCUUCUGGAUUGGUAUCGAAAUCCCCAGAGGUAAACUUCACAAGUCCCUGUGGGCUUAAUCUAAGAAUGUUUUUUUGUUGUUGUUGUUUAUAUAUAGAAAAUAAAUUCAUAUCCCUCUCCGCAUAAUCCAUAUUUAGGUUUGCAAUUGGUUAAAAUGUCAGACAAGUUAGUGUACUUUGAUUCAUAAAAAUGUAACGAAAUUUUGUUAGUGAAUCAUGGUAACCUCAACCCUAUUGACACGUUUUACUUUUGUGUUUUAGAAUGCAAGUUCUUGACGACCUUGGUGACAGAUCAGAGCCCGCCACAAGGGAGCAGUAUUUUAAUGAAAUUGAUAAAGACAGAUCCGGUGCGAUCGAUUUUGAAGAAUUUUUAGCGGUAAGAACUAGGUGUCCGAGUAACGCAUACAUCGAGUUUCGGCAAGCAAAGAAAUACAUUACAUUCUAUAGUUCUUGGACGUCUUUCCUUUUUGCCAAAGAGAGCUACCUGUUGAUUAUAAUAUGUAUUCUAUACAGUUGCAGCUUUUGAUACGUGUCCUUACUUCGUGAGUAACCGCUAUAUUCAUUGACACGAAAAUAAGAUUAUCAUCAUCAUCAUUUUUUUAUUUCAUUUCAACAUCAACUCUGAACAAGUCGUUGGUUACUUCAAGACUUAAGCAAUUUCAGAUUACCCUAAAAUGUUUGAAUUGUUUACUAGUUACUACAACCGUUCAACAAACGUCCAGCCUUAAGAAAAAGAUCAUAGAGAUUUUAUUUUUCAUUAAGUUACUCUCAUUAUUACUUUAGGACUCUUCUCCAUGAAAUGCUGUUAAUUUAUUGUAUAUCGUGUUUUAGUAAGCCAAGUAAAGGACUGAUGAUGAUGACGAUGAUGAUAAUGAUAAUAAAAAUGAUUUUGAUGAUGAUGAUGGUGAUGAUGAUGGUGAUGAUGACGCUGAUAAUAAUGAUGAUGACGACUUAGCCUUUUUUGUCCUUUCAGCUUAUCCACCAACUUCGAAAGACGUCCUUUGAUAAAGAUGAAUUAGGACAGAUAGGCAGUCUGUGCAAACGAGGCACCGAUAACAUUCAGCGCGUCAGAAAGCUUAGUGUGGCCAAACAAAUGCUCACGGGACUGUUUUAA